AUGAAGUUCGCCUCUACCGUCGCUGUUUUUGCCGCCGCCUCCGUUGUCUACGCGCAGCACCCAAUCUCGCAGAUUGGCGAUGGCCAAAUCCAGGCCAACACGGACACCGCUCCACCAACCAAGGUCCCACCAACGACCGCGGCGCCUCCUCCAGCGUCGUCCGCUCCCCCAGCGGCUCCACCAGCUGCCCCACCAGCGGCGCCACCAGCGCCCCCAGCGCAGCCACCAAAGCAGGAGCCACCUAAGUCGGAGCCACCUAAGGCCUCGUCCUCUGCGCCACCGGCCUCGUCCUCUGCGCCACCUAAGCCUUCGUCCUCUGCGCCACCAAAGGCCUCGUCCUCUGCGCCACCAAAGGUGACCUCUGCGCCUCCAGCGCCUACCACCUCUGCUCCUCCAGCGAUCGAGACCCAGUCCACCAACGCCGCCGGCAACCUAGCUGCCUCCGGCUUCUUCGCUGCGGGUGUGAUGGCCGCCGGCGCUUUGUUGAUCUGA